GCGAACCGUCGGACGUGCUUACGUAGCUCACUGGAAAGCUAAAUCGACGGCUUGCGGCUAAUUGCGACAUGUCAGCCUGUGGGUCAAGAAGGGAUUCGUUUCUCGCGCUAACUUCUGGCAUCUGCGACUUCUGCUUCCGAAUGUGCAUUUUCGUGACAAUUCUCACAGGAGUCUCCCCUUCAUCAAAGAUGCCAGAAGAUGAACGAUACCGAAAGGAGCUGACUGAUAAAGUUUUACAAAGCCUCUUUCCAGCCAGGCGCUCUAUUUUAUUGCCAGAUCAUUAUUUUGCUUUUCGGAACCCAUUCAACGCCAGUGCAACGCAAUAUAGAUUCAACUUGACCGGCGGGAAACUAUACAUGCGUGGCACAUGGGCGUACAGGCGGAACUACGAUAUAUGCAAAUUCAAACGCACGCCUUCACCAAGUAUGGAUUGCAUUCUUCCUGUCACGGGCUCUUUCGCCACUUACAACUGCAAACUUUCUUAUGGAAAACCUGUCAUGGAAACAUUUAACAUCACUGCAGCUGUCACACCAUAUCCUCAAGAGUGGAAUAAUCCUGCAGACGUGUCGGGAUACUUCACGCUCACGUCUCCAUACGGGCCCAGCCUUGUCCGCCAGGGGAAGAUACCUCCGUCCCAAGCGCGUGGCAAUUUCGUCAUCCCCAUGCUGCUGCCUUUCCGCAUGAAGAAUUUUAUCCACCACCCGAUCCUGAUUGCUUUUGGUCUUAUCCUCGUGGAGCAGGUACUUUAG